AUGAUGAAUCUGGUCCGCAAGACGGUCACGGGGCAAACGAGAAUGAUGCAGAAGAGACGAAGGCUGAGGAAUCUGAGGAGGGGAUUCCCUUUGGCCCUGACAAUCCUGGUCCUUUUUCCCCGAACAAAUCACUCCCCGCAACUUUGUUACAUGUAUUCAAGAAGCCAUUCCGAUGACCGCGAAGCGCCGAAACGAAGAUGGAUCCAUCACCACGCAUCCUAUCUACCAUCCUGGACUGUCAGCAUUUUGUCACCAAUGCUUUGA